GGCUUACAUUCGUACCAUGGCCAGUAUGACGUCGUCCACGUUCGUUGUGUGGGUUCCGGAAUCACGUCGUACCGUGGGCUGCUCCAUGAUGCCUCAAAAUGCCUCAAACCAGGUGGUGUCGCUAUUUUCAUGGAAGGCGAUUUCGACUUGUGGAGAGAAGACCAAAGAGGUCUUCAAGCUCCCGCCAGUGACGAAAACCCUAAUGGCUCUUCGCUACAACGUUGGAUGCAAGGUGAGCCUAAGAUUGUUCUCCUUGACAGAGCUCCAAGUCUUAGUCUCCUUAGCUGUUCGGAUGGCCCAAGUCAGAAGAUGUAAGAUUACAGACUCGGAUGAUUGUCCCGAAACAUUGGACAAAGGCCUAUGGCAACUUGGAUGCUUUGAAGAGAACACCGCCAAGGCUAGCAUUCAAGGUUUACUCCUCAACUUCAAGAACCGCCCUUCGCAAGUGAUCAAAGAAGUUCCUGCUUGGGUUGAAAAGGAGCGCAAGACACGGAAGGAGCGAGAACUGGCUAUGAAAGCCGCUGAGGAGAAAAAGAAGAGGGAAGAGGACACCGAAACCUUGACUGUUCCCGCUGUCGUAAAUCAGCAGGCCGCCACACCUCCUCCCGAGCAAAACGACAGCGAGUCGGACCGCGGCUCGACCCGUGGCUCGGGGGAUGAGCCGUAA